CACAUUGCGGUGCUGAGUACCGGCAAAAUGUACAAUUCGGGCUACGGGAUGGCAGCGUCCACCGCGGAGAUAGCGGUGGAGAACAUGCGGAAACAGUAUCCCGGGAGCCUGCAGAAUAUGACAGCGGUAUACAAAAACCUUGACGGACCACUUGUCACACCCUGUUCAAUUCAGGAUGAAGACGCCAUACGCAUGGCAAUGACGGAGUUGUAUGGGGACAAUCAACUGACUGGCACUGGACUGACCGUCACCAUUGGUACUUUAGCUUGUGCCACUGGAUUUCAAGCUGUUGGUGAUUUUGCAAGAGAGCUGGACAAUGUGGCGCUAUUUUCCUCUGAAAAUACAGUGGAGCUUGCUGAUCCAUACCGAUACCCUACAGUGAUAACUGCCGGUUCGGUGAUGAUGACAAUUUUUGGGGAUAUGUUUGUGGCAUUACUGGAGAAGUUUAAAUGGAAAAGUGUUGCCUUUAUUGAGGAUCAACUAAUUGACUCGCCCAAAAACAGGAUGCGCUAUAAAGAAACUUGCCGGUAUAACCGGGAAGCGCUGGAGAAAAACCGUACCAUUAACAUCCAGUUCAAACAGAUUAAUGUCAAUGCCACAAGCGUGAUCGCGUGGCGGGAAGCGUUAACUGAGGCCUCACAGUUUACUCGAAUUAUUAUGUCCUGUACAACCGGCAAAAAGCAGAAGGAUUUCUUGGAAACAGCUGUUGAUCUUGGCAUGGUUUCUGGAGAUUACGUAUUGAUUAUGGCUUACACGUACGUGGUCGCUGAUGAUCCGUUCUUCGAGUACGAUCCCAACAACACGAAACUCGCCAGCGCAAUUGAUUCUGUAUUGGUCAUACGUCCAUUUGUACCGGAUUUUUCCGGAAUAAACAAAAUUAUGAAAACCGUCGAAGAGCGCCGAUUGCAGACGUUCAAUAUAAGCGGAACCGACCUUGAAGCUAAUGAGUUUGCCGUGACGCUGUACGAAUCAAUCGAAUCAAUUUCUCAGAUCUUUGAUACGUACUACGCAGCUAAGCGGAAUGUGAAGAUUAGCGGCUUGGACUUUGCCAAUUACUUCAAUAACGCCACCUUCAAUCUGACAUCGGAGAAGAUUACAUACCACAAUAAACUCCGCGUCAGCGAACUGCAAAUUAAACAGUUCAACAAAGAAACCUUGACCUUUGAUACUGUGUAUACAAUGAAUACAACCCAUAAUUCCACGUUAGCACCGACUGGAAAACGUCUUAAAUGGAAACUGGGACAGGCCCCACCUGAUCGUCCAAGAUGCGGUUUACAGAAUGAUCAGUGCAAAGAUCAAACGAUAAUGUAUAUCGCCAUUGGUGUCGCGGUUGGAGCUGUGACGCUUAUUGGUUUGUUGUCAGUUGGAGCCGUUGUUAUUAUAAAACGUCAACGUCAGCGAGCCGAUCUGCUUUCCGGCUGGUGGCAUAUCGCACCGACGGAGCUCGCCGAACCCAUGGCAUCCAAGGUUCCAUCCCAAGCUCACACCCAGAACGCAUCAAACGCUCAUAGCGUGCACAAUUCACAGUUUAUGAAUCUUAUUAGACCAACAUCUCAAGCUUCGCAGAAUUCGGCUGCCGACAGCGCUCAUUCCGAGCAAACGACAGUUAGAAGACCGUAUCAAUGGAAAUCCUUACAACCACACCACAAAGUCGUACUGAGGGGAGAAGAAGAAUGGAUGACACCAAUGCAGUUCCAGAUCAGCAAUGCAGCGGACUUAUCAUGGGACUGUCUCAAAUUUUUCCAAAAGAUACGGAAUCUACGCCACCCGAAUAUGAACGCGUUUAUUGGUGUGUGUACGGAAAUCAAACAAGGCAUCGUCGAGGGAUAUGCGGAGCGAGGUUCGUUGGCGGAUCUGAUGGCUUCAGAAAAACCGGUGGACAAAGACAUGAAAGUCUCCCUGAUGAUUGAUCUAGUCCAGGGUCUGGUCUUUCUUCAUAACUCCGUAUUAGGAAGCCACGGCGACCUGCGCAGCACCAAAUGCGUCAUUGAUAAAGUAUUCUCAUUAAAAAUCGCCGAUUGCGCUAACGAACCCAUCAAGCGGUACUUUCGUGCUGUGGAUCUGAAUAUGAUGAAAAAUCCUCUUGACCAAUUGUGGACCAGUCCGGAAGUGCUGCGUUCACUGGCUUCCCCGCAGACCACAACCAACGAUAUGUAUUCUUUCGCCAUUAUUCUCUUUGAGAUCCUGCGACAAGUGGGACCAUUCUGUCUGGGACAUCCUGCUAGGCUUUCUGAAAAACAAGCUGCCGAAGUUGUCGAUCGAGUGCGACAGGUCAGCACGAUCCCUUUCCGUCCGGAUCUCAGUACCUGGGAGCGGGGACCUUUUGUUAACCAGAUGAUUGUGCUGUUGGAAGGCUGCUGGCAGGAGGACGUGGAGAAGCGGUUUACCAUUGGGAAGGUGAAGAAGUUAAUGGCCGCUAUGCUGGAUCUACGCAGUCUGGAAUCGGCGGGCUCUUUGUUUGACCGGGUCAUCAGACGGCUGACUGCGUAUCAUCAGGAGCUGGAGCAACUUGCCGCCGAACGGACGCACCAGUAUAUGGUGGAAAGGGAUAAAUGCGAUAUGGUUCUGCGCGAAAUGUUCCCGGUGGAAAUUCUCCAACAGCUACGAGCUGGAAUUACAGUGAACGCGGAAAUGUUUGAGAGCUGCACGGUGUUCUUCAGUGGUAUUUCGGGCCUUGAAGUCUACCUGCAAAAUGAUAGCGUUGCUGAAUUUAUCGAGCUUCUGGAUAAGAUUUAUUCGCAGUUCGAUGCCGCGCUUUUGAAACAUCAAGUGUAUAAAGUUGAAACCAUCGGAGCAAGCUACAUGAUAGUCAGCGGUAUACCAGUUCGCAACGGGAUCAAACAUUGCGCCGAAGUGUGCUCAGUGGCAAUCAAGUUUCAAAAUAUCUUCAACAAAAUCCGUGCUAACGAUGCCAUAAAGCUCCGUAUUGGAAUGCAUUCUGGCCCCGCUGCUGCUGGCGUAGUUGGCAUAAAACGACCUCGAUACUGUCUGUUUGGGGAUACGGUGAAUAUGGCAUCUCGAAUGGAAAGUCAUGGGUCAGCUGGGCAAACGCAUUUGAGCGAGGCCGCGGCGCAGAUCGCCCAAAAGUUUGGCUUCAUCGUGAAUUCUCGGGGACCAAUGCUUAUCAAGGGAAAAGGCGAACAAAACACGUAUUUUCUCGAAGGACGCGCUUGAUCCAGAAGCAAAAGCAACUUUUUGCUAACUACUAACCUUUACGCUUUCUGCAUUUUUGUUAACACUUACAGAUCUACCACCCAUUUACCAUUUCGAUAACGUUUGUAUUGCUCACUUUACCAUCAUUGGUUCUGCAAGAAUACCGCUUUGUGAGAAAAUCAGCUGGUUUAUAAAGUAUUCGAAAGUAAAUAACUGGU